AUGGAGGUUGCGUGUGCCAGCCAAAUUAUCCUACUUACUUACCCAACAAUCUUUUAUUGGACCAGUCGUUUGGCGUCCUUCUCUUCUUUCCCCUUUCACUCGAGCAAAUGUAUCAAUAGUAUGCGACCGUUUACUAUUCUUGCAAGCUUUAACCAGCUUCGCCACUUCUUAAGGACAAAAGUGACGGAGCUGGUACAACCGCCUCCUAAAUUAUCUACAAUACCACCGUCUCCGUUCGUGGUUGUAAAUAAUGUCCGGGCGAGCAUACUUCGUUUACAACAACAACAGAAGCAACAACAAAUCUUAUUUCAUCUAUCUGCUGAGCAAGAGAGAGUUCAGUUGUUGAACUUUUUACAAAAGCAGUUUCCUGUUGUCAAAGUCAUGGCCGCUCGCUCUGCCGUUCGACCUACCGCCAUGUUUCCAGUGCCAAGAGGAGGACAACAGUUUCAGUUUCGAACCAUUGUAUCGUCUGGCACCAGUGCCAUCAGCCAAACCGGUAACAAUGCCGGAGCAGGGUUUUCACGAACGGCCGUUGUAGGCUAUACAAGAACUCCAUUUGCUCGUAACUUUUCCACUGGGAAGCCACAGAGUAUCUUCCAAGCUACCAACGCCGCUUCAGGCGGUAGUCAGACUAGUGUCUUAUCUCAAGUACCGUCACGCACCUUUACGGCCACAUGCAAAAUGAACCAAAAUAAUUCUUCUAGCCCCUCCAGCCCCGUUCUGAGCUCAAACCUUUCCGAUAAGGAAGAAAAUGCCAGCGAUGCCAAUACCAACUAUUACAAUGGUAUGUUUGGAAAGAGUCGCGGUAUCUUUGAAGCGGUUGACCCAUCCGAUGAAGCUGAAGGCGGCGAAAACGCUGCUGGUCUUGUUCGACGUACCUCGGUUGCAUCUCGUCGCUCUGGAUUAACCUCUCCUUCAUCCUCAGACCAAGCCAAAAGCAAUGUUCAGUACGAGUUUAUGCGUUCGGAUGAUUUGUCGGAAAUCCAUUUGGGUGGUUCCAAGCGACAAGGACGUACGCCUAAAAAACCACCAGAAAAGCACCCCAUGCUACUAGGUGACGAGGAUACACCACGGAUAUGUCUGUCUUUCAUAUUGGAUGGUGCCGCACUGUGGGAUUCAGAUUUGAUAUCGGCCACAAGUUCUUCAGGAAGUAACUCUGGCUAUUUGGAUAUGCUGUUUAUACGAUCCGUCGAGUCCGCUGCUGAGCUUUAUCAGACGCAUUUGAACAAUGUCAUCACCAUUUUACGUCGUUUAUCGCGCCAUGGUCAUUUUAAAGUAUCCGUGGUUGGCAGUGAGGUCCGCGUACUUUUCCCAGACAGCGUAUUCAAAUCGUUCAAGCCAUCAGGAGUCGAUGAACCGCUUCGUCGAAAGCAGUAUGCUCGUCGAUGGUUAAGAACCAUUGGCAUCGACCCAGAUAGCCCACAUUUCAUCCUUGAAAAUUAUUAUGACAGUUCACCGCACAAUUCUACCCCAAGUUUGCCGAUUUAUCCAGAAGAGGACGUGGAUGAUUCACUACCAGAUGACCUUGUGGUCUUGUCUACGGAUUUUUCAAACAUGAUGCCGAAACCACCAACGCGACGCCGGUCAGCUCCCAUCAAGACGCUCUCGCAUGCAUUUGAUUCCAACAUGUAUUCAAGCCCAUCACAGACCUCAACUUCCCGUCGAGCUGCAUCUUUACGAGCCUCCUCCUUACCGGAACGAUCAAGUGGCCUUGGACCAGAGUACUUUAAAGGCAUUCAAGAAUUUCUUGACCAUGUGGAUGAUUUGAUUGAAACGUCAGACGCCUUUGGCAAGAAAGGUUCCAAAGACUUGGGCGCCUCGUCAGGUUUAUAA